AUGGCGGUCCGGGUGGUGCUGCUGGGCUUCGGCAACGUGGGAAAGGCUUUCCUGCGUCUGCUCCUGGACAAAGAAGAGCUGCUCCUCACACGCUAUGAUCUCAAGGUGCAAGUCGUUGGCCUCGCCACGCGCAGCCGCGGCGUCGUCGCGGAUCCGAAGGGGCUCGAUCUGCACGCCUGCCUAGCAGCAUCCUCUCUGACGGGCCUCGGGGUCACGGAGCUGGGGGACGCGCAGGCCCUCUUGGCGUACCUCGACGGGCACUGCGAUGCAGUGCUGGAGGCGAUUAAUGCCUCACACUCGGAUGGUGAGCCCGCCUUGACGCUCCUUCAGUCGGCGCUCUCCAUGUCAUCGCCGGCACAUGCCAUCACGGCCAGCAAGCCGCCAGUGGCCUUCGGCUAUCGCAGGCUGUCGGAACUCGCGGCCGCACAUGGGCGGCGGUUCCUGUUUGAGUCCAGCGUGAUGGACGGGGUUCCCGUCUUCUCCCUCCUCCGGCAACUUCCCGGAGCUUGCGUCUGCCGGGUCUCCGGCAUUCUGAACUCCACCACCAACCUGAUCCUGACACGGAUGGACUCCAUGGGAUGUUCGUUGGAGGAAGCCGUGGCGUUCGCGCAGGAACAGGGCAUCGCCGAGCGGGACCCGUCCGACGAUCUGGACGGCAAGGAUGCGGCCAUGAAAAUCUGCUGCCUUUCCACAGUGGCUUUUCGUCGUCACCUCGACCCUGCGCAGGUCUCCAAAGACAGCAUCCGUGGCAUCACGCUGUCACAGGUGCGAGCCGCCACUGCUCGGGGAAAUGCUCUGAAGAUGGUCUGUGAGGCAGAGCUUGUGGACGACGAAGUGCGUGCUGCAGUGUCCCUGAGGGAGCUGCCUUUGACCGACCCGCUCUGCGGCCUGAAAGGUGCGUCUGCUGCUGUCACCGUGGAGACCGAUGUCCUUGGGCCAGUAACGGUGACCUCCACGAACCCCACGACCUUGGACACGGCCUACGGCCUGCUGCAGGCCCUGAAGCUGAGCAACAAAGCGAGCCUCGUUGCCAUCCAGCACUCAGUUGCAGCCGGUGCGCGUCUGCGCAACGAUGUUCAGGAAGAGCUAUUGAGUUCCUGCUAUGCGUUCCUCGGCAAGGACGGUGUUGCAGACUUUGGAAUGGUGGAUCAGGUCAUUCGUGAGCAAUGCGAGUCGAAGAAAGACGUGCCGCCGUUGAACGUUGAGGCUUUUCUCAGCUUCAAGGGCAGGCCAUGGCCACCAGAGCGGCAGGGUCAUCCCCGACUAGCAGCGAACAACUCUUUGAUCCGGGACCAGCUGGGAGCAAAACUGGACUUCAUGGUGUUCCUUUACCGAAAGCUGGACGAGGACGACGACGGCUGUCAAAGGAAGAACCGCGGCGCAAGCGUUUUCCAGCUGAGCCCCGAUGUCGCACUUAUGAGUGAGCGUGAUGGCGAGCUGACGGGAAAACAAGCCUUUGCCCGUAAUGCCAAUUGCUUGAAGCUUGAGGUGCUGGUGAAGCUGGAGGGCGGCGACGAGAAGUCCUUCCUGCUGGAAGAGGAGAAGCUCCGGCGCCUGGCUGAGGGCCUUCCAGAGUUGCCCUUGCAGUUUAAGGAGAUGCCGGACUCCAGCAGCAGCGAUGCAGAGCAUUUCGUGAAGAUGAGGGCCCGGAACCUCGGUGGCUGGUCCACCUGGAGCGAGGAAGUGGUGACCAGCUCCAUUGCCCGACAGCAGGGAGCAGACAACGCGCAGAGAGCUCUUGAGCAGGCCAUGGAGCGGAGGGUGCCGGAGGACCUGAUGAAAGUUCUGAAGGACGUUCGCGACAUUGAGUUUGACGACAAGACCCUGGUUUCGGAGGCCACCGAGCUCCUCGAGACCUUGCAGGCUGUUCAAACGAAGGUUGGCGAAGCGAUGCUGUCCAGGGAGCCGGAGCGUCUUCAGCAUGUUCUCGGCGAAGCUCACAAGGUGGCACUUCCUGGGUUGCAGAAGGCAGAGGCUUUGCUACACCACCUCCAGACCGUCUGCAAGAACUUGGACACAGCCAAGGGGAUUGACGCGCUGCGCGCAGCGCUCCGCGAUGGCCACGAGGCACGGCUGCCCGCGGCGAUACUCCAACGUGCCGUGCAGAGACUGGGCACCCGGGAGGCUGCGCAGCAAGGCCUAGAGAUGGCCAUGGAGGCUGCAAGGGUGCCAGUGUUGAGGGCGGCGCUGGACACCGCGAAAGAUAUGCACCUGCCAUCGGAAGAGGGGGCACGGUCUCUUCUCGAAGCCAUCACACACUCGGAGAAUCUGUUGCAGGCCGGGCCGCAGAAAGGGAGAGGGGGGACAUCUAGGGCCGGUAGCGAGCAAGCUCCGAUAAGUGCGUAG